AUGUCUCAGCACCGCCAUUGCUCUGCUCCCGGAGGCAAAACUCUAGAUGGUGACGGUUCGGAAAUACUAGGCAUCUGCUACAAGUCGCUGGUCGAAGCUAUGGCCGAAGUGCCAGGAACAUCGUCGUCGACACUGAACGUCACACCCGUACCUCACUUGGCGAUCGCGGCUUGGUUGCACGGCAUUAAACUCGACCAGUACGAAUCGCUGCUGCGCAAUUUUCACGAAGUCGAGGAUCUACUGGACUUGAAUACGGUCGAUCUGUUGCGACUCGGCAUUAAAAAUAGCGCUCACCGGUGCCGCAUAAUCGGCAGCCUGCGCAUCUUACGGGAAAAAGAUAGGAGAGCUCCCAACUGCACGAAAACCAAUGUCAGUGAGGCUGUGACCGCCCGAACGCUAUUUACGAGAACCACUGGUGACUCCACUGCUCGAGGCAAAGACGACAGUCGCCAGGACGCCAUGUCAACUCUAACGAGGGUCGGCGAGGAGACGAUCGAAGAAAAUUAUUGGUACCAUGGAGCAAUCGGCAGGGCCAGAGCCGAAGCUUUGGUGCUGUAUUCCGGCGACUUCUUGGUAAGUAUACGAACGUCAAGGUUAAGGACGAUUCUGAAAAUUUCAACGCCUAUCUACUUUUCACUGAUCGAUUAACU